GAGAGAACAUCUGAUGAAAAGAGAAACACAGUCAAAAUCAAAACAAAUGUGGGUUAGGUUAAUUUUUUGUUUCGGCCCCAGUUUUUUAAUUCCCUUUUUCUCGUAUUUUGUAGUUUACGUUUAAAUUUAUUUCACUUAUGAAAGUAGCCCCAAGAUUAAAACAAUGUCAAUUUUACCACCUGACCCAAUAUACUCUUUUAGGAAAGAUAUGGGGCACAUUCACUGUCUAAAUUUUUGUGUGCGGGGAGAAAAGUUUGUUUCACAACUUUUAGCAGGGACCGAAAAAGGUACAGUGUAUUUUUGGGAUUUGGAGUCAAAUAGAUUACAACUUAAACAAGACAUGGGCAAAUCAAUACAAUCUAUUCACAGUUUCGACUAUAAAAUAAUAACACAAGAAAAAGAAGGGCAAGUCAAACUUUGGUCAGUUAAAAAAAGUUCUUAUCAAGUAGAAAGUCAAGCUACAUGUGUUAUGAGCUUCUGUAAAAGUAUUUUAAUAAACAAAACUUUACUAGUACCUCAAGAAAAGGGUUGUGUAGAUAUCUUAAAUAUUAAUGAUUUAACAAAAGUAAAUCAGUUAAAUCCAGAAAGGGAGAACUUAGGCUCCAUAAUGGCUUUACAAGAAGUAAAUUUGGGAAGUAACUAUUGUGUUAUGGCUGGAUAUGAAACAGGUGAUGUAGUUUUAUGGGAUUUGAAUACAUUCCAGCCUUGUGGACAUAUACAACUUCACGAUCAAUUAACAUCUCUGACAUUUGAUCCUAUUUCUAAGAGAGCUGUUAGUGGAUCUUCUUCUGAUACCCUUGAGGUGUUUACCAUAAACAAUGCAUACGAAAUGGCUAUUAUAGGAGAAUGUUCCAUUACAAAUAAGGGUUGUAAUGUAGUGAAAGUUAGAUCUGACUCUAAAAUAGUUGUGUCUGGCGGAUGGGAUCGUCGAAUCAGGAUAUUUUCUUGUAAAACAUUCAGAGUAUUGACAGUUUUGAACGAUCACGAAGGACCUAUUACUGAUGUCCAAUUUUCGCCGUUUCCCGUAAAUUAUUGGGAGUCCAAUAUAAUGGCAGUUAGCGGAACCGAUGGACUAAUAACCCUUUGGGAUUUGUACAACUAAAUCCAUUUCACUUUCUUUUAAUAAGAAAAUAAUUAUUGAAAACGAAAGUGAACUAAUUUAUAAACAAAUUAACCGACUAAAAUUCCUUUUUAUUGUAUUGGAAAUAGAGGGAUGUUUUUGUACAUUCAGAUUUUGGUUGUUACAGUUCGCUUCAGUUAAUUGUAAAAUGAUUUUGUUGAGAAAUUUUCUGACCCACACUUUGUUAAUUGAAAUGUUAUUAUUUUUAUCAUUAGAAUUCGCCUGGUUUUUAACUAACAAAAAAGACAGUUACAGUGUGAUUCAUUCAAAAAUCUAUGAACAAUUAAAAGUAAAACUUCUAUAAAAUUGUGAUGACAUUCCUUUUUUAAUUGCUUUUCGUGUCAUUUUAGGGCUUAUUGUGAGAUUAUUGUUAUUUUUGCUUUGUUUUGUAAUCGCAUCCUGUAGGAAAAAGUGUCCUUGUCGAAGAUCAAGUUUCUAUAAGUGACUUGUAUCAUUGGACUUAAUAUUGACUCAUUAUUUUUGUUUUUUCACGUCAUUUACUUUGGAAUAAGUGUGUUACACAAGAUAUUGACAAAUAAUCACAAUUUUAACAUUAUACAGUGUGUCUAGAAACUGCUAAAUUCAAAUUAUAGAUACUAGAUGUGUUUUUAUGACCUAGUAACCUAAUUUACCUUUAUCCUACGAAAGAUACAGAGAAAUUAUGUUGUUUAGUAAGUUUUUUUAUCAAAAAAACUCGGUAUUUUCAAAUUUGGUACAUUAUUUAAGCUUUUGAUAUUUAAUUUUUCAUUAUAUAGGGUGAAUAUCAAUUUUUUACAAUUAGUUUUCUGACAAAUUAUUCAGUAAAUUUUAAAUUAUAAGGUGUGAUGAAUUUUCUCUUUAAUUGUUUUCCAUGUCAUCUAACAAGUCCUUUUUCAGUUUCCUAUCUUUCUAUUGCUUAUUGUAAUAUGGUAUUUUUCCUUUUUUUUUGUAAUCAUAUCCUCUAGGAAAAAGUGUACUUAUUGACUUGCCAUUAUAAUUUAAUUUCUUUUUUAUAAAUACAAAAAAAUUCGAGUAGAACAAAGUAUUAAUUUACAAAAUUGAAAAAAAAAACAUUGGCUCACUGAUUAAUGAAAAAUAGUUUCUAAACAUUAAAUGGAUCACACUGUACAUAUAUCUACAAUUUUUCAUGCCUAUUUUUCCAAAAAAGAAAAUAAUUUUUGACAAACUGUUUUUAAAAACAUUUCUAAUUGUACAAUUAGUUCCUUAAUAUCCUUAUAGUGUAUAGAAUACCAACCCCCCCCAAUCAAACUUUACAUUUAAUAAAAUCUCAUGGAUAUUUUUAGGAUCUCAUAAUAACUCAUACCGAAUACAAUUUUUCACUCCUCUAGUGUUGAUACAUGUUUUAUAUAAUUUUUUUGAUAAAAAAAUCAAAUUAAGCAGCAGUAAGGUAUCUAGGAACACCAAACUUUUGAUAUCAUCAAUUUUUAAAAAUAUUUAAAAUAUUUGUCAUGUAUUCAAGCAUUAUUAGAACUUUCAAAUGAAAGUACUUUAUCUUAACUCAUCGUACUAUAUCACUGGCCUAUUCUUUAAUUUCCAUUGUGUUCCUAAUCGAUAUUUAUGGAACUGAACAGACUUUUUAGACAGAGAGCUAACUACCUUAAACAGUUGGAAAUACCGUUUGUCGAUUAACUUUUAUCUAGCGGUUUACUAACUCAAAAGUCUUGUACCAAAUCUGUGCUGUUUUAUGUGGAUUAUUUCACUACCACUACAUUAACAUUCGCCUUAGGCCUCUGAAGAUGAUAAUCUAGUUAUCGAAACACGGAUUUAACUGAGUAAUAAUAAACAGUACAUUUGGUAUCCAUUAUAUUUGCUUUGAGCCUCACUUUAUCUUUGAAAUUAUCCAGUUCUAGACCUAACUGCCUUUUUUUCAGUAUUCCUGUUAUUCAUAUCGGUUUUAAUGUUUUGGAUUCUGAAUUAACAGUGAAUAUCCAUAUUUAUUAAUAAAAUACAAAAAUUUUUAUUAUUCUUCUACAAAAGGUUAUUCCAAAUUUCAUAUUUCACCCUUUAUAUAAAUAAAGAAGUCCAAUAAAGCAUAUACAUCCCGGUGAUUAAUUUCUAAACGAGAGUGUAGUGGAGUAAAAGAAACUAUUUCAAAACAAUCUUAUAGCAAACUCACAAAUUCGAUAUUACAUUCGAAAUUAUUUUUUUAUCAUUAAAAAUUGAAUUGAUUUUUUCAUACUAUUUAAACAGUAUUUCAGCACAUUACCAAAAAACUAAGUAAGUUCAUAAAAAAACUAGUUCUAUACAUAAUAAGUUCAUUCUGAACGUUUCAAUGAAAUUGUAAAGGGCCAUAUCUGGAUGUUAUGUGGAAGUUUUACAUUAGAGGGAGACAGGAUUAACAAAAAGUUUUUUUUAUCAUUUUCUUCUCAAGUCUUAUUUUUAUUUCUAUUAUCCCCUUCUUCUGGUCUUCGUAACUUUUCUGGUGGUAAUCAAUUAAGGAAAUUAUUUCAUUUGUUCUUCUCCAGAUUGAAUUCCUCUAAAACAAUUUUCAUAUUUCCAGUUUAUUUACCUCGAUAAUAUCCAUAGUUUGGAUCAAUAGAGCAUUGUUGGUUGAUUAAUUGUUUUAUAAACUGUAGUUUCCACUGAUUUUGAUAUUUUGGAAUUUAACACUGUUUUUAUGGUUCCUGCUGUCUUUCCUCCCUUCCCAAUUAUUUUUUUCUAUUUCCUCAAUUGAUUUUAUUCAUAUCCCACUUAUUUCCAAUGCUUUUUCUAUACUGUAGAUGAGUCCAGUCCUAUGCCCCUACUUUAGAGAGUCUGUCAGUUAUUUUGUUUCCCUUCACUCCGGUGUGUCCCAAAAUCCAUUGAUGGAUACUUUUAUUUUUCUUGUUUAUGGAUGCUGGUGUGCAAUGGGGCCCAAAUAAUUGAUACUUUUGCCUUGAAUUAGUAGAUGAGGUGUAGUUGAUUUUUAUUGAGAAGACCUAGUAGAUAAUUGGGAAAAGUUGUUGAUUAGUGUGGAUGAAGCUCAUAUGUAUUACAUACAAAGUCAAAAAACCCACAACUCCUGUGUUUUGUAUCAUGACAUCAGAUACGCCCUUCAAUUAUUUGUGAUAAUAUUCUUGGUGGCAUUUUUUUGAAAACUUUUAUUUAAAAAACAGCAUUUCAAAAAGUAUGUACCUUAAUGAAUGCCAUAGGAAUUUAUUUUAACCAUGUGUAAUAAAUAUUUUUCUAAAAA